CAUUGAUUCACGGGGACCCACUCAGCAGAAAGCCAACUUGCUCUCCUCACAGUGAUUGGCCGGAAGUCAGCUGCCGCCCGUCCCGGCGCAGUCGCUGCGUCAUUAGUAAAGGCAGCACAGGCGCCGGUCUGAAGUGUCGGUGGGGGCCGCGUUCUCCCUAACCCGGUUUGUGAAUACAGCAGCGUGGCCAUGGCAGAACCACAGCUCGCGUCCUGCGGCCUCACGGACGAGGCCGCCCUCGGUUGCUGCUCGGACGCAGAUCCCAGCACCAAGGAUUUUCUGUUGCAGCAGACUAUGCUGCGGAUUAAGGAUCCUAAGAAGUCACUGGAUUUUUAUACUAGAAUUCUUGGGAUGACGCUACUCCAAAAAUUAGAUUUUCCCACUAUGAAAUUUUCCCUCUAUUUCUUGGCUUAUGAGGAUAAAAAUGACAUCCCAAAGGACAAAGGUGAAAAAGUAGCAUGGGUAUUCUCCAGAAAAGCUACACUUGAACUAACACACAAUUGGGGCACUGAAGACGAUGAGACCCAGAGUUACCACAGUGGAAAUUCAGACCCUCGAGGAUUUGGUCACAUUGGAAUUGCUGUUCCUGAUGUACAUGGUGCUUGUAAAAGAUUUGAAGAACUGGGAGUCAAAUUUGUGAAGAAACCUGAUGAUGGUAAAAUGAAAGGCCUGGCAUUUAUCCAAGAUCCUGAUGGCUACUGGAUUGAAAUUUUGAAUCCUAACAAAAUGACAACUAUUAUUUAGUUCUCUGAAAGUACUGCUUUGUGAUUUCAGUGAAGACAUUGUGGGAGGUUAAAAAUGAAACAGAGUACUGAGAUAACAGAAGCAUCUAGGAAUGAUGGAUGAUUGUCCCAAUUCAAAUUAUUAUUAAAUUUAUUUCCCCUUCCCAUUUCAAGUAUGUUUAUCAUCUAACUGUUCAGUCAGUUCUAGUUUUAAAGUAAUGCUUUGUCUUAUGUCCUUGAAUGUAGUUGAAUAACUUUCCUUUUUUAGGUAGUAAUUAGAAUAAUUCCCUUCAGAGGCUGCAUUUGCCUUCCAUCUCCUAAGUAUGACUUCUCUACAAGUCUGCCUUUUAAUCCUCACUUUCAAAAAAGCAUUUAACAUGUUUUUGUUGGGGUUACCUUCCGGGAUUUCAGUUCCUCAGAAACACUUUUCACAGUGGAAAGUAAAGAACACUGAACAAAAUGAAACUUUGUGUGUACUUCAAAGAGUAUAAAGUGUUUAUUUUACAAAAGAGAAGUUACUCUUGGGAGCAGUUUAGAAUCAUGCUGACAAGGAUGCUGAUAGAAGAACUAAUUUCUUCUUAUUUAGAAAGUACUUUCAAAGUUCAAGGACAAACUUCUUUAUUUUGGGGUGGGGAGGAGACUUGGAAUAUGUUUUGAGUAUGCAGACACUGUACUAGGCUUUAUCUCACCUAAUUCUCCCAACUAUCCUAUGAGAAAGAAAGCAGGUUAGACAUGUAAAAAAACUUUAAUGAAUCAAAGGCAAUAGAAAUCGGCUCAUGUACUCAAGAUCUCAUCAUUUUCAGUCUGUCGAUUGUACCUCAAAAAUUAGUACCUUGCAGUCCCUCCUCUGUUAGUCUCUGUUGUGAAAACCCUCAGUGGGUUUGUGCAUUGUCCUCUCAGCUCUCAGGCCUGAAUACCAGCACAGGGAAGAAGCAGUGGAGGAAGUCGCUAGCACAUAGCUACUCUGGGGAUGCCCAUUUAUUCCUGUGCAAUAGUGCUUAUAUUACUUGUGAAGAGCCCCUUCCCCAAGGUCUUCCAGAUGCCAGUAAUCAUUUAGGAUAAAUUAUGUUUGGUGAUAACAUAGCUUAGUUAUCAGAAAUCAGCUCAGUGUUCAUCCCUGCCAUGAUUGACAUUUCGUAGGUUUUAAGAAACUGAACUGAUCAUGAAAAUCUCUUAUGUGCCAGAGAAUACAGAGAUUCAGAAAAUCUAAAUCUGUAUUUAGAUUUUCCCUUGUCCUAGUGGAAGACCUUUGGAUAGGCCCUCCCAACUGUGCUUACAUUGCUAAAAGCACUUUACCUUUCCUUUUUGGAUGGAACUGAUUAUGUGAGCAAUUCGAACAAAUAGUAGCACUUAUAGAUUGAGGCAAAAUAAAAUUUUACAUAGGACUGUGUUUAAUUUGUAAACGUCUGACUGGCAUAUUCUUUCUUUUACAAAAGGCUGCCCUCAGGGAGUACUGCAAGGAUUUGAAAGGGCUUACAGGCUCAUUCUGAAUUGGAAAUAGGUGUAAUAAUAUAUUCCUAUACAUAAUUUCUUUGAAUAAGGAAGUGUGGGAAAGUUGGAAAGAGGAAAGUAAAUAAGGAAUAAAGGACUGUGGUAGAAAAAGUGCAGGGAAGAAGAUAAGGUGAGUUGUGGGAACCUAUGAAAACCAGUUUCACAUGUUGGGUACUAGAAUUAUCAGUGGAAGGGUUAUUAGAUUUAUAAAUUCAAUCAUUUAAACCUUAUUUCCACAGAAAGAAACCAUCUGUACUUGCUAAGUAAAACUUGCCAAAAGAUAGCCCUUGCUUAUUCCUUAAAUUCAUGCUUCUUUGCAUUGAAAAUAUAUAUAUUGUAUCACCAGGCUUUUUGCUUGGGAUUAGGACAGUUAAAUUACUUCCAAAUUUAUUUACCUGAGAAGUGAUGAAGUGAUGAUAUGAAAAGGUGAAAUAGAGCACAAGGAAUUUUCUUGUUUUGCAUGAUUGGACAGCAGGGUUAUGUAGCUUACUGUCCAUGUAUAAUAAAUCAGUCUCCCUGAGCCCUAUGCAGCUAAGCCUGGGACUAAAUUAUAAUAAGGUGGUUUGAAUUAGGAGCUGAUGGAUGAGAGAGUAUCAACUACAUAGCAUUCUGUUCAGGAUUGCAUGUAGUGUAUGUAAAUACUCUUUAGCAACUGUGAAGAGAGCUGUAUCAGUAAGGAUGCUUGCUGCUGGCAAUAAGGCAAGACCAAAGUGUGUCAAAUGUAACAAGAACUUCAGAGGUUCUAGAAUGGGCUUCUGGGGGCUCAGAGAUACCAAGAGAUACCCAAUUUCCUUCUGUCUUUCCCAACCUGUCAUUCUCUGCAUUUUCAUUUUGGUCUAAUAAUACUCAUCAGAGAUGCCUACCAUGAUUUCAGGUGUCUUGUGUAACCCAGCGAUUUCCAGUGAAAGAAAAUUACCUUUUGUUUCUCCUGUCUCUUUAGUGAGUGUGAAAUUUGCCCAAAGCUCCUCUGCAGAAUUCCCAUCAUGUCUCCCCAAGAACUGGGUUAUUUGCCUGUGUCUAAUUACUGGCAAAGGGAAUGAGACCACUGAGACUUGGAUGGAUUGUAUUUACCCAGGUUGCCUGCGUGAGGGUGGACACUGGGUCAGAACUGAGACUGCCAAAAGGGAGGAGUUAAUAAGGGCUUCUGAGAAGGCAUAAACAGAAACUGCAACAGGGGGUAAUUAGAUAUUGAGGACCUAGUUGGUGCUGGGUGGUGUAAGAACUAAGGUAUUUCAUGCCCUCAAAGAGCUUGGUCUAAGAUUGUGGUUCUCCCCCAGAUCAGAUUUAACAGAUCCUUUUUUAUUAUAACAUGGUAACAUUUAUAAUAUCUGUCACAUCCACUAUCCUAAGAUGAAAUUCAUAUAUAACAUAACCUACCUAUAUGCACAAUUUCAAAAAGGGUCAGUCCAAUGUCAUUACUAUAACAUAAAGGAAAAAUGAAAUCAAUUUGAAAUAAAAUACACAUUUUAACAUGUAAAUAUACUACUACACUAGAAAACAGUGUAGCCAGGUACUUGCUCUUAAGUAUGGAAGAAAUAAAACUGUUCAGUAGGGUACUGUUAACAUUAAUACUUUGAAGACGGAAUUCAUGAUUAAUGAAAAGCUAUACUAUUACAACUUUAAAUGCAUGCUGAUAAUAGGUAUAUUUUAUUGGUCACUCAAAAGAACAUAAAUAUGUUACUGUUUGGAAACUUCAUUUUCCAAAAUGGUGAUCGAUUCUUGCUGAGGUUUUGAAAAAAAGACCAAUAUUCUUUCUGUUUAUAGGGUAGUUUUGUCCCUAAUGAAUAUUAAAAUUAAAUAUACAGAUAGGGAAAAUAGAAGUUCUAGACUGAAAUAGCAAAAGCAGGUUUACAAUUUUUUAUUGAAAUAUAAUUGACAACAUUGUGAAGUUUAAGGUGUACAAUGUGUUGAUUUGAUACAUUUAAGUAUUGCAUUUGUAUAUAGCACCAUAAGGUUAGCUAUCUGGUCCUUUUUGUGAUGAGAACAAUUAAGAUCUAGUCUCUUAGCAACUUUUAAGUUUCUAAUACAGUAUUGUUGACUAUAACCACUAUGCUGUGAUUAGAUCCCCAGGACUUAGGUAUCUACUAGUUCCAAGUUUGUGAUUUUUGAAAAUUUUAGAAUAGAUUUAGAUUUACAGAAAUAUUGCAAAGAUAGUGCAGAAAGUUCCCAUUUACCCCAUACCCUGCUUCCCUUAUUUUGGAAAUCUUAUGCAUCCCAUGGUACAUUUCAUAUAUGUAUGGUAUGGUAUAUUUGUCACCACUAAUGUACCUAUAUUGAUACAUUAUUAGUAACUAAAGUCUACAUUUUUCUCAGAUUA